AUGAUUUCUGCAAGAUCAGCCGCCAGACUAUCACUGUCUCAGAGCAGAGCAGCUCUGCGAGCCCCAAAACGCCCCCAAAUUCGCUUCCAGUCGACCUCGUCUACCUCCUCAUCAGCAAGCACCGCAGCUUCCAAUGGGUCGUUUGGAACUGGCCUUUUGGGCGGCGUGGCCGGGGCAGCACUUUUCUACGGCAUCUACUCCUUCACUCCAGCCGGACGAACAGCGAGCAAGUUGAACAAGACGGUGAAAGAAGCUGAGAAGAAGUACCAAGAAGCUGCCAAGAAGCUGCAGGAAAACACUCCCAGCGCGUCACAGGCAGUCGAUUCCAUCAAGCAGUUUGCCUACUCCUACGUGGGCUGGAUACCUGGCGGCCGCGGCUACGUGGAUGCGGCUUUCAAGGAUUGGGAGACUGUGAGAAAGGAGCACGGCGAGGAGGCGGAUAAGCUGGUCAACGAUGCGUACAAGCAGUUUCAGGACAUUUCCAGGUCGGGCCUGAGCCUUGAAACAGCUUCCCGGGCGUUUGAAGUCUUGGCGGACUUGGCGAGCAAGAUUGCUAGCCUUGCUGGAGAUGCCCUUUCGGAUGUUGUGGACAACCAUCCGCAGCUGAAGGAGAAGCUCGGAGGCAACAUCGAUCAGCUGAAGCAGAUGGGCGAGCAGUACGGCCCAGAGGCGAAGAAGCAGGUGGACGAGACUUGGCGCCAGGUCAAGGACAUCUUUGCCGGCGGAUUCAGCGCCGCGAGCCUCGCAAAGGCGCGGGAGCUGAUUGACGACAAGGUGAAGCAGGUGCAGAAGCUGGGAGACGAGGCUUGGAAGAAGGGCCUGGAAGAGGCCAAGCCGUAUCUCGAAAAGAGUCCCAAGAUUAAGGAACUACUCGAGAAGAAUGGGGAUGCUUUGAAGAAGGGAAACAUUGGAGAGCUUUUCGGCAAGGUGCGUGACGCGGCCAAGUCUGGAGAUGUGGGUGACUUGGAGAGCUACAUCAAGGAGGCUGCGAAGAAAGUGAGUGACAAGGCCGACGCAAGCGGAUGGGGGUCGUUGAACAAGUAUAUGGACAAGGUACCGCAGGGCAGCGAGAUCUUGAGCAAGUUGGAGGAGAUGGGACGGGUAGCGGAGGAGCACAAGGAGGAGGGGGAGCAGUUGCUCAAGGAGACGUUGGGGGAUAUUCAGAAGGUUCUUGAGGAGAAGGGACAGAAGUUGAAGGAGAUUGUGGAUUCUGAGAAGAAGAAGCAAGAGGCAAAGAAGCAGUAG